GCUCAGUGCGAAAGUCGCUGAGGUCCGGACGCUAUGUAGGAGCAGGCAGCGCUCGGCCGCACCCCCACCUCUCUGCCUGCGAGCUCCGCCGCGCCCCCUUGCCCCGGACACGCCGCCUCCCCGGCCCCACCGGACGCCACCAUGAAGAAGCAAUUCAACCGCAUGAAGCAGCUGGCCAACCAGACCGUGGGCAGAGCUGAGAAAACAGAAGUCCUUAAUGAAGAUCUCCUACAGAUUGAGAGACGGCUGGACACAGUGCGAUCAGUAUGCCAUCAUUCCCACAAGCGCCUCCUGGCGUGUUUCCAAGGCCAGUUUGGCACAGAUGUGGAUAAGCGACAUAAAAAACUCCCUUUGACUGCCCUUGCUCAGAAUAUGCAGGAAGCAUCUACCCAGCUUGAAGAGUCCCUUCUGGGGAAAAUGCUGGAAUCUUGUGGAGAGGCCCAGAAUCUCUUGGCCCAAGAACUCUCUCAACAUGAAGUUUUUGUUGAAAAAGAGAUCAUGGAACCCCUGAGUAAUAUUGCAGAGGUGGAUAUCCCAAACAUUCAGAAACAAAGGAAACAGCUUUCUAAAUUGGUAUUAGACUGGGAUUCUGUCCGAGCUAGGUGGAACCAGGCUCACAAGUCUUCAGGAACUAACUUUCAGGGGCUUCCAUCGAAGAUAGACUCUUUAAAAGAGGAGAUGGAUGAGGCUGGGAAUAAAGUGGAACAAUGCAAGGAUCAGCUGGCUGCGGACAUGUAUAACUUUGUGGCCAAAGAAGGGGAGUACGCCAGAUACUUUGUUACGUUAUUAGAAGCCCAAGCAGAUUACCAUAGGAAAGCCUUAGCUGUCUUAGAAAAGGCCCUCCCUGAAAUCCAGGCCCAUCAAGAUAAAUGGUCAGAAAAGCCUGCCUUUGGAACACCAUUAGAAGAGCACCUGAAGCGGAGUGCGCGGGACAUCGCCCUGCCCAUUGAAGCCUGUGUGAUGCUGCUCCUGGAGACCGGCAUGAAGGAGGAGGGCCUUUUCAGAAUUGGGGCUGGAGCAUCCAAGUUAAAGAAGCUAAAAGCUGCCUUAGACUGCUCCACGUCUCAACUGGAUGAGUUUUAUUCAGAUCCACAUGCUGUCGCAGGUGCCUUGAAGUCCUAUCUACGGGAGCUGCCUGAACCUUUAAUGACUUUUAAUCUUUAUGAAGAAUGGACAAAAGUGGCUAGUGUGCAGGACCCGGACAAAAAACUUCAAGAUUUGUGGAGCAUAUGCCAGAAACUGCCAAAGCCAAAUCUUGCCAAUUUCAGGUAUCUAAUCAAGUUCCUAGCAAAGCUUGCACAGACCAGUGAUGUUAACAAGAUGACGCCGAGCAACAUCGCGAUAGUGUUAGGCCCUAACUUGCUCUGGGCCAAAACCGAAGGAUCUCUUGCGGACAUGGCGGCAGCAACGUCCGUUCACGUGGUCGCAGUAAUUGAGCCAAUAAUUCAGCAUGCCGACUGGUUCUUUCCCGAAGAGGUGGACUUUAAUGUGUCGGGAGCAUUUGUAGGUCCAGCCUUGAAUUCAAAUCACUUACCCCACGCUGGGAAUGACUAUGACACAGGCACGCUGGAGAGGAAGAGGCCGGUCAGCAUGGCAGUGAUGGAGGGAGACCUGCUCAAGAAGGAGGGCUUUGGUGUGAAACUUAUGGACUUCCAGGCCAGUCGGCGACAUGGCACACUCAAUAGAAAGCACACAUCCCCCGCUUUCCACCCGCCACUCCCGCCCACGGAGGGCAGCACCUUGGCUCCCCCAGGCUCAGAGUCACCCUCCCACAACUCUGGGGCUGAAAACAGUGGAGGUGGUGUGGCUUUCCCCCCCUCUGCUGGCUUACCUGAGCCAGGGUCCAGUCAAGGGAAUGAUGACAGCAGUUCCCCUAAACCCAAGGAGUCGGUGACUACGACGACUGCGGCACCUGUGAGAAAUGGGAGUCACAUAACCACGGGGCAGAACCAGGCCCAGCCAGCCAGCAGCUGUAAUCAGCUCUCAGUCGGUCCGGCUCAAAAUUCAGCUGGCCCUAGCCCUCACACCCUGCGCCGAGCUGUUAAGAAACCUGCUCCAGCACCUCCCAAACCAGGAAACCCACCCCCUGGGCAGCCUGGGAAUCAGGGUUCCUCAGGAGCAUCCCAGCAGCCUCCUUCCAUCUCACCAAAGCCAACCACUCGAAGUCCUUCUCCUCCAAAUCACCAUACAAACCAAGCACCAGGCCAGACCUCCGCUGCCCCCCAACUCUCCACGCCCAGGAGGUACUCGAGCAGCCUCUCUCCAAUACAGGCUCCAAACCAUCCACCUCCACAGCCCCCUACUCAGGCUACUCCUCCACCUCAGACCAAGCUAAAUAGUCAGGUGCCACCCCAGCCAGUGGUACCACUCAGUGAGCAUGGACUGGAGCAGCCGGCUCACAGCCCGCCCCCAACACCAACCCCUCCUGGGACGCCGCCUUUGGGAAAACAGGGUCCUGCUCUUCAGACAUCUCAAGCCCAAGCAGCGAGUAACCCGGAGAUUCCUCAAGCCCAGCAUUCACCACCUCACACUGGUACCUUACCAAGACCAAGACCAGUACCAAAGCCAAGGAACCGCCCUAGUGUCCCCCCUCCUCCCCACCCCCCUGGAGCUCAUUCAGCGGGGGAUAGUGGCCUUGUCAACCCAACUCAGACAUCUUCCAAAAUAGUCACUGACUCCAAUUCUAAUGUUCCAGAACAGCUUCGCACCCUCUUUCCUGAAAUCCACAUGGAGCCAGUGAGCAAGGACCUGGCCAGCCGCCUAUUGUUGGACAUUGAGAAUGAUUCAGAGAGCACCGCUUUGUGAAGAAAGCCCCUCGAGUGCUCUGACUCCUUUCCUUCCAUUUGAGUGGAGCAAGGGAAAAUGAACUGCCUCCCUUCCAUGCAGACCAAACAGUGAAAAGCUUUUGGUGGAGAUAACGGCCCUGCUAUGCAGGGUCUUUCCUGCUGCGUAGCAAGAAGAGACAAUGGGGCUUUCACUCAAAGCUAAAUGAUCUGGGUCUUGAAAAAGUUGCAUUUUCUUUAGUGGGAAGGGAAAAAAAAACCACCAAAAACCAGGGCCGAAAGAAUCUCGCUGCGGAAACUUAUGUAGGAAGCUUUAUUUGCUGCUGUUAAUACAGCUGUUCCAAAUGAGUAAGAAGCGAUGCAUUAACUAUUUAAUAAAAUACACUAAUUAUGCAAGCCUC